AUGAGCAUGUACAACACCGACGAUUCCAUUGCAGGAUUUGCGUACUCAUCGUUCAAGAUGGCACUAGCCAACAAGAUGCCUCUCUACAUGUCGACCAAGAACACGAUCAUGAAGAAGUACGAUGGUCGCUUCAAAGACAUCUUCCAGGACAUCUACGAGAGCACGUACAAGUCGCAAUUCGAGGCGGCAGGCGUUUACUACGAGCACCGGCUCAUCGACGACAUGGUCGCGCUGCGACUCCCGCAGGCGAUCAAGUCCUCGGGCGGUUUUGUCUGGACAUGCAAGAACUGCCACGGCGACGUGCAGUCCGACAUCCUCGCGCAGGUCUGCGGCUCACUGGGGAUGAUGGCCUCGGCGCUGGUCAUGCCCGACGGGAAGACGAUCGAUGAGUACCAGAAGGGCAACGAGAUGUCGACGAACCCCGUCGCGUCCAUCUUCGCGUGGACGCGCGGCCUCAAGCACCGCACGAGCCUCGACGGGAACGAGCCUCUCAAGGUGUUCUGCGACGACCUCGAGAAGGCGCGCGUGGAGGUCAUCAAUAUUGAUGGCGCCAUGACGAAGGACCUUGCGCUCGCGAUCCAUGGGAAGGAGAUGAAGCGGAGGGUGGACACAAUGUCCGGUGGCCCAUCGAGCCGCUGGUUCUGGGAGGCUGAUUGA